GGAGGGUGAAGACAGUCAGUUACCCAAUGAGGAUUUUCCUUCAGCACGAUUACAGAUAUUUAUGAGUUUUACUCGUUUCAUGCUGGUAUUCGUUAAAAAUGCUUUAUCCGUACCGGCACGGCUCAUCCCUAGUAGGCACAGUAUAUGAUAAAAUAUUACAGUUGGCACUAUUGAGAUGUCCUUUAUCUUAAGUACGAGUUGUUUUCGUCAGCCUGAAUUUAAAAAUCUUUCAUUUUAGUGAAACUCCGCCCACUCUGACAAAAUAUGCCUACAACAGCAUCUUAAGCCUGACACACGAGAGCAAACUGCUGAGCUAACAGUCCUUCGAGGUCGUUUGUUCAGCAGAUACCUCGCUGUCCACGCCUAAUUUUCACUGAGUUUUCUGCCUCACAAGACGCUGAGGUGCAAAAUCGAACCGGUUUGAUAUUUGUUGCCUCACGAGGGCAGAAACUACGUGAGCUGAAAUAUUCUAGAGGCCAAUCAAAGCGCUUUCUCCGCUCACGUGAUUUCAAGCUUACAUUAGCGUGUUAGCUUCUGGGAGCUACAUCUUUAAUAUGAAGAUAGUUUCUCUAGAUGCCAGACCUUCAUAAAAACACAACAUCUUUAAAACAAUGUACAAGAAAACCUGACUGUGAAGGUAGAAGCAACAAAACAAGGUUUUGGUGACCUGUGCCAACGCUGAAGUAGGUUUUAGCACCAAACGUGUGUUUUGUACAAGUACUCCAUUUGCUCUCUGCUCAUUUAGCUGAGUAAGAGGUGUGACCCGCCCUCCCAUUGCAGUAUUACUGAACUGAACAUACAUUUUGGACCCUUUCCUCUUUUAUACGUGCUCUGCCCCAUCUGCAGCUACCCAGUGCGGCAUUCACUGAUCAAAGCAGUGCUGUAAGUCCUUUUUCAUUAGUUGUCUCUGAAGCUCUGUCGUUUUCCUCUUCACGCCUAGGGCUGAGUUGAACCGGGUUCCCUAGAGUGCAGAUGUGAUUGUAGGCAAAAACGUUGAAUGGUGUAACAUUAAAUGAGUGGGGAAGACUCAGUAAUCAAGUAUUCAAAACACACUUUUUCAUCAGAAGUGUGUUUUUCUCACCUGUUUCUUCACAUCUCCUCUUACAGAAACUCAUAUUUGAUUUUGUAGCUUUAUUUCUUCAGCUAAAAUAAUCACCUCACCAUCUUAUAAGAAGUCACGCUGCAUUUGAUGUACCUUAACAACCAGAAAUUCAAUCUAUCUGUUUAUUUUAUUUUGGACCCUACAAUUUAAGCUCCAUUUGUUGUUGAACAAAAGUAGGUUGGGGUGUCCCGUCUUCGACCUGCUUGCCUAUGUAGAUUAGUAAUGUUGUAAUGGCCGCGGACAAACGGUUCACUCUAGAAACACUGGUUUAACACGCCAUAAGCUUAUAUCGUAAUCUGCACGUCCCAUCCCACUUCAGCGUCUGGAACAUAUAAAUACUGGCCGCAGUAUUGCCGACUGCAGAACGUACCACUCACGUUCCAGCAUGUACCGGGAUUGUCCAGGCUAUGAGUCAGUGCCAGAUGCAUCUAAAUGAUAAAUGACCCGCACUUGUAUAGCGCCUCUCAGAGUAAGGACUCCAAAGCGCUUUACACUACAGUGUAUCAUUCAUCCAUUCACACACACUGAUGGUGAUGAGCUACGAUGUAGCCACAGCUGCCCUGGGGCGCACUGACAGAGGCGAGGCUGCCGAGCACAGGCGCCACCGGUUAAGUGUCUUGCCCAAGGACACAACAGCAGAAUUCUCUGUCUGGAGCCGGGAUCGAACCUGCAACCUUCCGAUUACUGGACAACCCGCUCAACCUGUUGAGCUUCUGCUGCUCCAAGCUAAAGCUUGUGGUCCUUCACCCGUCUGCAGUGUCCUCACUCCCUCUCAUUCAGCAGGACUCCUGGGUUAUUAUCUUAUGUUUCAUAUGCCUUAUAGAGGCCCAAACUGCAGUUUCCAGUUGUAAACAAAAACAUUACUGGAGACCUUUAAGUAAAGAAUGAGCCAACUUUGCUUUACCAGUGCUUUUUCCUCCAAAUCUAGAUGCUUAAAAUGUGCUUCUUUUUCUCAGUAGUGUUGUAAACAGGCAGCAAGUCUUGGUGUUAGUGUUGAAGAAGCGUUGAACAAACAAACAGAGGAACUGUCUCACGGUGAAGCCCCGAGUUUAUGGAGCCGUAAAGCAACUUCCACAGAGCAAUGCUUAAAAACCAAGGUCAUUCUAACAGUGGACUCGCCAAGGGAUUAUGGUACAUAGCCUGUAUUUGAUAUAGCGCCUUCUAGAGUUCUGGAACCCCCCAAGGCGCUUUACAACACAAUCAGUCAUUCACCCAUUCACACGCUGGUGGGGAUGAGUGGCUACAGAAGCCCUGGGGCACACUGAGAGGCCAGGCUGCCGAGCACAGGCGCCACCGUUCCUCCAAACACCACCAGCAGGCAAGGCGGGUUAUGUGUCUUGCCCAAGGACACAGCGACAAACUGAGCGGGUCUCGAACCUGCAACCUUCCGAUUACAGGGCGAACACUUAACUCCUGUGGCACCGUCACCCCGCCGUCAUAAUGCUCGAAGACGGCUCUGUCCACGACUAAACCGCUGAUGAGGGAAAUGUAAAUAUUUUAGGACAAUUAAGUUCUCAUGAAUCUUUAAAGUUAUUUGAGCUGUUGGCUGAUAUCAGUCUCAGCUGGCGUGUUGUGAACUAGAAGAAGGUUCUCGUCGUGUGUUGAUGAUCGUAAUUAACCCGCGAGGAGAACCACACAGAAGAGAGGUAAAGCAGAGUCCGGUGUCCCAACACAACCUGUAAAAUAAUCCGGUUUGGGCCAGAACUUGGCGCAGACCUUUUAUUAAGACUUCAGGAAAAUCCAAGUCAACCCAUGAAAAAUGGAAAAGCGUGUCUCCUUCAAGAGGAGUCGUGCGGUCCUGACACCGCGCGCGGCGCUUUGACAGCUCGGGUGGCUUUGAGGUGAAAGCAGCGCGGAACCGUCUUCCAGCUGAAGGAAUCCCGUCGGUGGCGUUUUAUGGAAGGAGCAGCUGCAGUCACUGUUGGAUCCCCCGGCUGCUGCCUCUUACAUCAGUGUGGCGCAGACAGCGUUGCCUCGGGGAAGACCUGAGAGCUGAGCUGAAUGUUACUGAGGCUUCGGAGCAACAAGGUGCAGAUGAAGAUGACUUUGCCAAGGAGCGGUACGGUGUGUCAGCUAUGGUCCAGUCGCAGCAAAAACUGGACAGGGUGUUGGUCCGGGUCCAGGACCUUUCUCCUGAGAAAGCUGACCAGCUGAUCUGGUUGCGCGCUCGGAUCCACACCAGCCGAGCCAAAGGGAAGCAAUGCUUCUUGGUGUUGCGUCAGCAGCAGUUCAACGUGCAAGCGCUGGUCGCCGUGGGGGACCGUGCCAGCAAGCAGAUGGUCAAGUUUGCUGCAAACAUCACCAAGGAGAGCAUCGUGGACGUGGAGGCGGUGGUGAGGAAAGUGGAGCAGAAGAUCGAGAGCUGCUCUCAGCAGGACGUGGAGCUCCACAUCGAAAGGAUUUUUGUCAUCAGCCAGGCGGAGGCGCGCCUGCCCCUGCAGCUGGAGGAUGCCGUCAGGCCUGAUGGAGAGGGGGAGGAGGAAGGACGAGCCACCGUGAACCAGGACACCAGGCUGGACAACAGGGUGAUCGAUCUCAGGACCACCACCAGCCAGGCCAUCUUCCGCCUGCAGUCGGGAGUCUGCCAGCUCUUCAGAGACACCCUCACCAAGAAGGGCUUCGUAGAGAUUCAGACCCCUAAAAUAAUAUCAGCUGCCAGUGAAGGAGGUGCAAACGUCUUCACCGUGUCUUACUUUAAAACCAGCGCCUACCUGGCCCAGUCCCCCCAGCUCUACAAGCAGAUGUGCAUCUGUGCUGACUUUGACAAGGUCUUCUGCGUGGGUCCAGUUUUCAGGGCCGAGGACUCAAACACCCACCGUCACCUGACCGAGUUCGUGGGUCUGGAUAUCGAAAUGACCUUCAACUACCAUUACCACGAAGUGAUCGAGUCCAUCACUGACACCAUGGUGCAGAUAUUCAAGGGCCUGAGAGACAACUUCCAGACGGAGAUCCAGACGGUGAGCAAGCAGUUCCCCAGCGAGCCGUUCAAAUUCCUGGAGCCCACUCUCCGGCUGGAGUACACGGAGGGCGUGGCCAUGCUGCGUGAGGCCGGGGUGGAGAUGGGCGACGAAGAUGACCUCAGUACGCCCAAUGAGAAGCUCCUGGGUCGUCUGGUGAAGGAAAAGUACGACACUGACUUCUACGUGCUGGACAAGUACCCUCUGGCUGUUCGACCGUUUUACACGAUGCCCGAUCCAAACAACCCCAAAUACUCCAAUUCCUACGACAUGUUCAUGAGGGGUGAGGAGAUCCUGUCCGGAGCUCAGAGAGUUCACGACCCCGAGCUGCUCACUCAGAGGGCUGUGCAUCAUCAGAUCGAUCUGGAGAAGAUCAAGUCGUACAUCGACUCCUUCCGUUUUGGAGCUCCACCUCAUGGCGGCGGAGGCAUUGGUCUAGAGAGAGUCUGCAUGCUGUACCUCGGCCUUCACAACGUGCGCCAGACCUCCAUGUUCCCACGCGACCCCAAGCGCCUUACUCCUUGAGUCCAACCCAGAGUGGACGAGCACGGCCCCCACUGGACUAACGAAGAUGCUGCUGAUGGAAACGACUAAUCCGGUCCAGGAAGGGAAAGCCUGUAGGAGAUGGGACCACCCUCUGUCUCUAACACACCACCAGAUGCUGCUGUAGCGGUGAGGGGAGCUUUAUGGGUUUGUGGGAAUAGUUUUCUAACAGAUUUAAUACAGGAGGAGGGGCGGACAUUGAUUGUUACACACAUUUAAUUCACCUUCUAAUCCCAAACUGUUCAUUUGAGGUUUAAAAAUGAGAUUAAAACAGUUUAAACACAGAUCAGAGUCCUUCCUACUACCAACACAAACCUUAGAGUAACAACAGUGGGCCUGUAACCUGUGUUUUGUUAGACAUUAAUAAGAAUUUAAUAAAGAUAAUAAAAACUUAA